AUAUCUUUCAGUUACUCUCACUCACGCUCUUCGUAUUCUCCGUCCCUUCCCUACUAUUUUAACCCCGCUUCCCUUCUCCUAUACCCCAUCUCUCUCCUCUUUCUCUCUCCGCCACAUUCAUUCUCACUCACUUUCUCUCCCCUCUCUCUCCGCUUCUUCAAUGGCUUCCAUCACUGGAUCAUCCGUCUCCUUCAAGUGCGCCCCUCUUCAGUCCUCGUUUAACUCAAAGAACUAUGCGCUGAAGUCAUCAGUGACAUUCUGGAGGAGAACUCCAGUGAUGCCACGUGGCCUAAGUGUCUCUUGCGCUGCCAAGCCCGAGAUGGUCACAAAGGUCAGUGAUAUAGUGAAAAGCCAGCUUGCUUUGGCAGAGGAUGCUAAAGUUACCGGUGAAACAAAAUUUUCAGAAAUUGGAGCUGAUUCUCUUGACACAGUUGAGAUUGUGAUGAAGCUUGAGGAGGAAUUUGGGGUUACCGUUGAGGAAGAGAAUGCUCAAACCAUUACAACUAUUCAAGAAGCAGCAGACAUGAUUGAGGCACUUCAACAAAACAAGUAGAUUAUAUCCAUGGAUGGGAAAUGAGCACUUGGAAAUUUUUCUAAUCUGUUUUCUUUUAGAUUUAGACGUUGUCUUGUUUGAAUGUUUUAAUCAGUAUAUGAAAUUGGUCGCCAUUGUCUGAGUUUAAAGCUGUAUUGACAUGUAUUGCCCUUGAGCCAUGAAAUCAAUCAACUGGAUCAUUAGUAUAAAAUUCCGAUUGAAAAUAUUUUAUUCUAUCAGAAUUCAGAAGCUGUAUUGUCUUACUCUUGAGACAUUGAUUCAAUAUGUUUUUAUUAUAA